UUAUAUUGCUGUUACUGGGAUUUUUUUUUUCUUUUUACUGAGGUGAAUGCGCCGUGUUUAGCAUAGGCCCGUGUCUCUCAUACAUUUGACCUGCAGCAGUUUCUGCUUUUUGUUGUUCAGCGGUGAGAGCUGGACAAGACGUCAUGAGCCGGAAAAAACUGGCUUCCUUCGGUUUCUGCUCAGCAUUUGGCGAUUUUUAAAACUAUAUUUUGUAUUUUGGGCAAAUGUAACCCUAACCCUAACCCGAUAAUGACUUAGCCAACUGAGCGGGCAUGAAUAUCCUGAGCUCACUGGAGCCUAGCUGAAGGUGGCCUGAGUGGUUUUCCUGUCCUGACACUUCAACUUCACCGUUAGCUGACAUUUUGCCCCGGAAAUCUCUACAUGUGACGUCUGAAAGCUUCAGCUACAGUAGGAAACUGAAACUGUGUGAGCAAAUUAACCCAUUCCGAGGAUAACACUCAAUGCUGCAGAUUUGAAAGAAAAGAAAGGGGCUGCCAUAAUGUUGCGUGGCCACACGGAGGCGGCAGAGAGAAGUGAAUGGCAGACAGAGGGAGUGGUUGGGAGGAGAAGAAAACAUGGUUCCCGCUGAGGGGAGGAAGAGCAAAAAGGGAUGAGGGGACACUUUGAUUUCUCGGCACAGCGAAGUUGACCCACCGUUGACCUGGCAUGGUGUGAAGCACGUGAGAUAGGAGUGUCUGCAACCACACGUGAUGUGGGUAAAGACAACCAGCCUGAAGUGGAUGUCGAGGGGAAUUAGACGGCAGCAGACAAUUUGAUUUCUUCGUCUACAAGGCUUCCUUCUCUCCUACACACAGAGAGAGGCUGCAGCAAAGGUUGUUUUCAUCCAGAGGCCCUGUUGUCCUGUCCUGGAAGUUGACUGGUGACCACAGGUGAUGGCGCAGCUCUGGAAAACCACUGGCAUGUUGUCACCCAAACCCAGCCACCACCCCCAGCUUUAGCUCAAGCUGAAGUGGUGCAGCAGCUCAGAGCUCGCUCUUCGACAGUGGCCGGGCCUGUUCUUGGUGAAUUUUGCUGUGGACUGAGUCUCACUGACCUCGGGUCAGACCAGCACCCGCUUUUUCUCAUCUCUCCAACUGCACUUGCUGGGAAGAUAUGGAGUCAGAAGAGCAUGAGCCCUCCCAUCCCCUCUCUCAGUGGGAAAAGAGGCUCUGAGGAAACCCCUCAGGCUCUUCCUGCCAGCAGAGCAGUACCAGGAGGUCUCCCAGGUCCACACAGGAUCUGCUGCUGCUAUCACUGGCCUGCACACCACCCCUCUCCUCUGUCACCUUGGAUGGACUCAGUAGGACGUGGCUGUGUCCUGAGGGCUGGGGGAGGAAUACCAGUAGUAGUCAUCCUCCUCCUCCACACAGGCUCUUAUCUGCAGGGUGGAGUCUCAUCAGCCUGCACAGUAGCGCUGCCUCCCAGCUGUCUCACCACCAGCUCUGACAGGGGAGACGGCUGCCAGAGGAGCUGCGAGGGAGGCCGCUCCUCUAUCAGCCUCCUCUCAUGUGGCCGGCUUCAAGGUUCCUCUCAGGGCCGGGUGGAAUACCUCGUCAAGUGGCGAGGAUGGUCUCCAAAGUACAACACAUGGGAGCCGGAGGAAAACAUCCUGGACCCAAGGCUCCUUGAUGCUUUCCAGGACAGGGAACGACAAGAGCAGCUGAUGGGGUAUCGCAAGAGAGGACCUAAGCCCAAGCACCUUCUGGUUCAGGUCCCUUCUUUCGCCCGGAGAUCCAGCAUUCUGUCUGAUCUUCAUGAGGCGUCCCUGGAUGAGGACAACUGUCAGAAGGCUAGCCCUGUCCAGAUGCUCCGCUCCCAGAGCCAGCAGUACCAGCUGAACAGCAAGAAACACCACCAGUACCAGCCGCUGUGCCGGGAGCGUGACGCUGAGCAGCAGGCCAACGGUAAGAAGAAGUUCUACUACCAGCUCAACAGCAAGAAGCAUCACCAUUACCAGCCCGACCUCAAGAUCUAUGAGCCCCCGUUCGCCAAGCCCAAAGAGGUCAAGGCUCCAGAUCUGGCCAAUAAAGGGUGGAACCUUCCCCCAGCUCUGCAGCAAAAGUGGGUCCGGGACAAGGACUCUGGCUGCCUGACCAAAGUCAAAGACAUCACCAUGGAGCUGAAGAAACUUCCAGCAGACCUCAACGGCCACAAAGAGCCAGAGAAGGUAAAGAUACCCACUAAAGAGGAUGCUUUAUCGCUGUCAAAUGGUGUGAGCAGCAGCAAGCUUAAGAUUGUAAAGAACAAAAACAAGAACGGACGGAUUGUUAUUGUCAUGAGCAAAUACAUGGAGAACGGAAUGCAGGCUGCUAGGAUUAAAAACGGCGACUCUGAAACUGCUGACAUGCCACCUCCAGAAAUAGACAAUGGUAUGGAGAACCAUCUUGAGAAGAUGAAGCUUGUCAAGAAGCUCGGCCUCAUGAAUGGAUUUGCGAAACCCCCCAAGGACAAAGCAAAUGUGGCUCGCUCUGGAUAUAAUGGAGAUUGCACUAUAGAAAAGGAGCAGUCAUCUAAAAUGGAGCCAACUGUGACGGAACAGGAUAAACAUGUAGAGGUCAGGGGUCAAAAGCAGCUUCCAGCGGAUCAGCCUUUACAACUGACAACCAAGUCUAAUCUGGUCUCCAGGCCUUUGGACAGUGGAGUUUCCUCACCGCUGGACAGCAGAGAAAGCCAAGGUGGAUUCCCAGGACUGAAACGACACCUUUCUGAAGCAGACACUGAGGAUCACACAGGUAGUAAGAGGUUUUUCAGCUCCAGGAGUAUCAGUGCACCAAACACAGUCACUUCCCCUUCCCAAAACAUCGGCAUAGACCAAAAUGGCCACCACAGUCAGCUUGGACACCUGGACUUUGGGUAUGCUGACCAAGAAGAGCCGAUAGACUUGAGCAUUGUCAAGUCCAGGCCGGAGGCUGCAGCUCCUACAGUUACCGAGGCUCAAACACACACACAGGCUGAAACACAAGCACAGACUGAUGCACAAACAGAAACAAAGGCACAGGCUGAAACACCAGAACUCAUAGCAGAGCAGAAAGCAGAGAAGUCGGGCUCUACCGCUGAACAGAGAAAAGAGCCCUUUCCAUCUUUCAAACCUUUCCUUGGGAAUAUAAUCAUCACAGACAUUACCACAAACUGUCUCACGGUUACCUUUAAGGAAUAUGUGACAGUGUAGUGGAGCCAGUACCACAAACUGUGUACAAACAACCUUGUAUUUGUAGAAAUGUACAGGAAAUCUAUUGGUAUUUUCUGAUGCUUGAAUGUACAAAACAACCCUUGGAGUUUUCAUUUUGUAAAGGUCAGGGGGAAUUUGCAUUUGGAUCCUUUAUUGAGUUGUUGGCAAAUAAUAUUUCAUGUAAGCUCCAGCUGUUACUUUUUGAGAUUUUAUCAUAUGCAGUAUCUAAUUUCAUCUACUUCAAACUCAAACAAGUUUAGCUCAAAGAAAAAGUUUAUGGUUCAUUAGUGUCGGGGCUCAGUGAAGAAGCACUUAUAUCUGUAAAUAGUCUUCCUCUUUUCUAUGGAUUUAAUUACAUCUUGAUUUAUACACUCAACUGUCUACAUCUCAGAUAAUGUUUUAAAAAAUAUGUAUAUAGAGAAUUUUGUAAGGAAGAAAAAUUAUAUUGAAAGAUGGUAAGUUACACUGUGUGUGCGCAUGUGCGUAUGGGUGGGUGUGUUUUGUGAACAGAUGGAAAGAUUUAAAGUAGGAUGCAUGCUGCUUGGACAGAUUUGCCAUUAGGCAUGCUUAAACAAGCAGAUAAGGAAAAUGAAGGACCAUGUUGUCAAUAAAUGAAAUUUGCAACACUGAAAAGGAAAUGGAUGCUUUCACAACUCCUGUUGUGAUUUGGUCUGUGGUUGCUGACCAAGCAUUUCUACAGUCAGGCUUCCCAAAACCUGAGAUUAAGCACAGGUCACAUACACUAUUAAAAAAAAAAAAAAAGAAAAGAAAAGAAACAGCCCUGUGAUCCUAUUUAUUUCUUUUCCCCGAUGCUUCUCUGUUGUGCAUCGGGGCAGGUUUUAAAAAGUCGAGACGGUGUGUAGACAUACUAACAAUCACUUACACCCUAAGAAGUCGUUUAAUUUAGCUAUAUCAUUUAAGUGUGUUGGUUAACACUGCUGACUUGACUGUGUAAGCCAAAUCUUCACGGGUAGGCCCACAACACGCUGUUCCCGACCCCUCGUGUGUACAUGGCUGUGUAUGAGAUUAACCGGGGGGGUUCAUGUUCCCAUGUGUUAUAAACGAGCUUGGUGACGUAUUUUGAGUAAGUUUUCAAGACAGCUGUAUUUUAAACUCUGUGUCAUAAUCAAACCUGUUCCCUUGUGUCAUACAUGCUUCUACUCAUUGUAUAGGAAAUCUCUUAGGAAUCCCUCUCAGCACCAAGUGCGGUCUGGAGAUGCAUUCAACUGCUCUGUAAGAAGGUGAUCAGAUGCACUUUGUUGUUUUGUGCGCAGACUCAGUGGAAGGCUUCCGAUGAUACAUUUUGCAAUAAUAAAGUUGUUUGCAAGUGGCA